CAGCUAUGCAGCGCUUGUGCCGCGCUUGAGCCGCCUGCGCCUGUGCGGGCAUCGGUCCGGGCUCGAGAUCGCGGGCGAGGCAGCCCUGCUGGGGACGAUGGUCCCGGAGCGGAGCGAAGUCGCUUGGAGUCCCGCAGGUAAAGACAAAGAAUCCUUUGAAGCUCUGUAUAAGCAAGGCAGCUUGCUGGGCAAAGGGGGCUUUGGGAUGGUCUACGCUGGACACAGGAUUGCUGAUGGACUGCAGGUUGCAAUCAAGCAUGUUGCCAGGAAUAAAAUUUCACAGUGGGCAGAGCUGCCCAGCGGGGCGGUGGUGCCUCUGGAAGUGGCGCUGAUGAAGCUUGUGUGCGCAGGAUCUGGCCACCGUGGCGUGAUUCGCCUCCUGGACUGGUGCGAAGGCCCCGAAGGCUUUUUCCUCAUACUGGAGAGGCCCGAGAACUGCCAGGACCUCUUUGACUAUGUGACUGAGCAGGGGCCCCUCCCUGAGAAACUCUGCCGCCAGUUCUUCCGCCAGGUGGUGGAAGCCGCUUGCCACUGCCACGAAAAGGGGGUGGUGCAUCGUGACAUCAAGGACGAGAACAUCCUGGUGGAUUUGCGCACCGGCAACCUCAAACUGAUUGACUUUGGUUCUGGGGCUUUGCUGAGGGAUUCUGCCUACACAGAGUUUGAUGGUACCCGCGUGUACAGCCCACCAGAGUGGGUGGAAUCCCACCAGUACCAUGCCCUGCCAGCCACUGUCUGGUCAUUGGGGAUCCUUCUCUAUGACAUGGUGUGUGGCGAUAUCCCCUUUGAACGGGACGAGGAGAUUCUGUCUGCAAAUGUGGUGUUCCGCACCCCUGUCUCUGCUGACUGCCAAGAUCUAAUCCGAUGGUGCUUAUCUCUGGAACCUUCUGAACGGCCAACGCUGGAACAAGUGUUGUUGCACUCCUGGCUGAAGCUUGACCCUCUUCUUCAGCCUGAAGAACCGCAGAGCCUAGCAAGCCCUCGGGCCACAGUUUGCAACAGCAGCGGCUGAGAGACUUAAAACCUCUUCUCUUCUCUUCUCUCCUCCCCCUCUGAGAAGGGGAGGGGGUGCUAAUUUGCUACUGCUGAACCUCAGGCAGCCAGGCUUCGUCAUUGGCUGAGAAAGAGUUAACCUGGUUCUACAGGUGUGUGUGUGUGUGUUUAAAGAGUUUCCCUCUUGUCUAGAGCCAGAACUGGGUAGAGAAUUCAGAUGUCGGAGUGCAAAGUCCUCUCAACUGCCCAAAGGAUGUUUGAAUUCUGGGCCUGCCCAGCAAUCAGACAUAAUUAUACAUGUAAAUACUUGUGUAUUGCAAUCUUCCAGCCUUUUGGAAGCAAAGGAUUCUGGGGUAGGUUUUUGCUGCCCUAUCGUGUGUGUUU